UCAUUGCUAAAAUUUACAAUACUGUCAACAAAACAUUCUCAUCAAUGGCUCAUCCAGGUGACGCAGCUAUUCCAGUUCCAUACAUUUCAAAACUUGGUGCUAAAUUACAACCUGGCCAAACUCUUGUCGCACAUGGUACUGUCGAAUCGGAUGCAACACAUUUUGAAGUGAAUCUUUUAAAUGGUUCAACGAAUAUCGAAACAUCAAAAUCAACCAUUUUUCAUAUGAAAGUUUAUUUCAAAGAAAACAAAGUGGUCUACAACACUUAUGAGAAUGGUAAAUGGGGAAAGGAGGAGAAAUCAUCGAAUCCGUUUAAAAAAGGUGACAAUUUUGAUCUUCGCAUACGAAUUCACGAAGAUAAAUUGGAAAUUUUCGGGAACCAGAAAGAGCUUCAUGCUUAUAAAUCUCGUAUCAGUAUUGAUACUGUGGAAUAUCUGACCAUUCGUGGAAAUGUCGCAUUAAAUGGUGUACAUUGGGGUGGUCGUUAUUAUAGUUUGCCAUUUGAAACACAAUUUCCAGGAGGUCAUCUAAAUGCCGAAGAACGAGUUUACUUGUACGGUAUUCCGAAAGGUGAACGUUUCGAGAUUGAUUUCUUAGCAAGAAAUGGUGAUAUUCUAUUUCACUUCAAUCCACGUUUCAAAGAAAAACAAGUAAUACGCAAUGCAGAAAUUGGUGGCGUUUGGGGACAAGAAGAACGUGAAGGAAUAUUUCCGUUCAAGAAGGAUAUCGGUACCGAUAUUACCUUUCAUAAUGCACCUUAUUCUAUUCAGAUAUUUGUGGAUGGUAAACGUUAUUGUACAUUUGCGCAUCGUACAUCAAAUCCUGGUGAUGAUUAUAUGGCUCUUCGAGUAGCUGGUGAUUUUGAGUUAGUCGGGAUGGAAUUUACGAUGUAAACGGAGUAUUUUCACUUGGCUUUAUUUUUUUCUUGGC